AUGGCAAGCGAAAAUUACACAGUAAAAAAUGUUGACAGUUUGAUUAUCACUGGAUUCGAUCACCUGCAAAACCAGAAGCUACUUGGAUUCCUCAUACUGAUAUCUUACGUGCUCAUCCUGCUUGGAAAUGGCAUAAAUCUGUUUAUAAUCUCGACUGACAGACAUUUACACAAACCAAUGUACAUAUUAAUCUGUAAUCUAGCUGUUGUUGACAUAAUGUACUCUUCGACCUGCAGCACAACCAUGAUCUCAGUGCUGCUGGCUGAGAUUAAAAUGGUUUCAUACUACUCUUGUAUCUCCAGGACAUAUUUCUAUCAUCUUGGUGAUUUCACAGAGUGCAUGGCUCUGACAUUAAUGGCAAUAGACAGACUUAUUGCCAUUAGGCUUCCAUUAAGAUACCACAGCAUUGUAACAAACUCACGAGUCCUACUGCUUAUUUUUCUGACCUGGCUCGCUGGUUUCACUGUUUUAGGUUAUGUGAUAUCAAUAUUGGACAAUGUCCCAUACUGUCAGCCAAUCAUCAAAUAUGUGUUUUGUGAGUAUGCGUCCAUGAUCAGAGCUGCUUGUGUUAAUCCUGAGCCAUAUUUUUUUGUACCUGCAGUGAUAAGUAUGUGGCCAUUGUGUGGACAGUUCCCUUUUAUUUUGUGCACAUAUGCUGUUCUGGCAUAUAGUGUGACUAAACUCUCCAACAAUUCAAGCAAAAAGCAAAUGAUCAACACUUGCUUGAGUCACCUUAUUGUUCUUUCCAGUUUUUAUGCUCCAAAGCUUGUCUCUAGCUUACUCACUCGAAUAGGAGUUGUGUUGUCUUUAACAGAGCGAAAUGCAAUUCUGAUUACAGCCUCUUUAGUUUCCCCCUUAAUAAACCCCACUGUUUAUGGCACCAGGACUAAAGAAAUCAGAAAACGAUUAGCAAAUGUAUUUUUGCAUAAGAAAACAGUACCAAAUACUUUAAAGUAA